AUGGCAAACUCCACCACAUUCGACAGCGCGGAUUGCACGCUAGCCACAUGCUCGGUCAAAGAGUACGGUCAAAUCCAAUACAUCCCCAACCUCGCCGGCAACGUCAUCUACGCUGGCAUCUUCGGCGUGCUCCUCUUCUCCCAGCUCUUCCUCGGCAUCCGCCACAAAACAUGGGGCUACCUCGUCGGGAUGCUGUGUGGUCUCGCGCUCGAAAUCGUCGGCUACAUUGGCCGCAUCAUGCUGCAUGACAACAUCUUCGACAAGAACUCCUUCAUCAUCUACCUGAUCGGUCUAACCAUCGGACCUGCGUUCCUCACGGCCGCCAUCUACCUGUGCCUCGGCCGGAUCAUCACCCUCUACGCCAUCGAGCUCAGCCUCCUCUCCCCCAGAGCCAUUACGCUCAUCUUCGUGUUCUGCGACUUCGUCUCGCUGCUCCUUCAGGCCGCCGGCGGCGCCAUCGCCUCCACAUCCGACACCGAGGCCGACAACCAAGUGGGCAUAAACGUCAUGAUUGCGGGUUUGGCUUCACAAGUUGUGUCGCUGGUCAUCUUCAUUGCCAUCUGCGCACACUUUGGCUGGAAGGUGCUCAAGAACCCGAUUAAGCUGGACCCGCAGUUCACCACACUCCGCAACUCCCGCCGCUUCAAGGGCAUGCUGAUCGCCAUUGCGGUCGCGGUACUCACGAUCUUAGUAAGAUCCGUCUACCGGCUUGCGGAGCUGCAGCAGGGAUUUGACGGCAAGCUCGCCAACAAUGAACUCGAGUUCAUGAUCCUGGAGGGCCCCAUGAUCUUUGUGGCCGUCGGCCUGCUCACCGCCUACCAUCCCGGCUGGGUGAUUGGAGCGAAGUUGUGGGUCGAGGCCGGGUUCCACCUGCGCACGAAGAAGAGUGUGCAAAUGUACAAGGAGGUCGAUACGGGGAGCCAAGAGGGCUUCGUCAUGGAGCAGCGGCCAGCAAGUAUGGUGUGA